CAGUACCCUCUAAAACCCACGGCCACCUUCCCUUUUCUUCUUCUUCUGCCUCUUACUUAAAUACCCAUUUCUCUCUUCUCUUCCUUUCUCCCCCAAAACCACAACUACAAUUUCUCCCCUUUCAAAACCACCAUCAUUCUCCUUUUUCUUGUUAAAAAAUGCGGAUGAGUUGUAAUGGAUGUCGAGUUCUACGCAAGGGUUGCAGUGAAAAUUGCAGUAUCAGACCUUGUUUGCAAUGGAUCAAGAGCCCCGAGUCGCAAGCUAAUGCGACUGUCUUUCUCGCCAAGUUUUAUGGCCGUGCUGGAUUAAUGAAUCUUAUUAACGCUGGCCCUGAACAUCUUCGUCCUGCGAUUUUCAGGUCUUUGCUUUAUGAGGCUUGUGGAAGGAUAGUGAAUCCGAUUUAUGGGUCGGUCGGAUUGUUAUGGUCUGGAAGUUGGCAUCUUUGUCAAGCUGCUGUUGAAGCCGUUUUAAAAGGAACGCCGAUUACUCCGAUCAACUCUGAAGCUGCUGCGAAUGGCCAUGGGCCGCCUUUGAAGGCUUAUGAUAUACGUCAUGUUUCUAAAGACGAGAACUCUGCUGCUUCUAACGAUCUUAACCGAGUCAAGACUCGUAACCGGGUUAGGCGAGUUGUGAAGUCGAAAGGCAGUAACAAUAAUAAUAAGCCGAUCGUUGAGCCAUCAGCUAGGGAUGAGUUGACUCGGUCGACGAGUCACGAAUCAUCGGUGAGUCACCAAUCGGAGUUGGCAAUGGUGGAGGGAGAAAGCAAAGAAACGGAGAGUAUGGUUUCCGUUGAAACAGCUGAGGCGUCGAUGCUGUUACGAGCCGAGCCGGAGUCGGUUAUAAAGGCUACAGAAAGAGCGGUCCACAGCCACGAUCACGCAAGUACUGAAAUAGCUGGACUUGGACUUGAGUUGACUCUUGGGCUUAAGCCCGUUUCACGUGCAAGUCACGUGGUAGUUCCGGUGAAGAAAAGGAAAGUUGAGUCUUAUGGCUAUGGAUCAUCGGAUGAUGAUACGUGUAAGAUUGAGCUGGGACUUGAUCGUCCAACUCGUCAUUAAAACAUAUAAAAAGAAGACAGACGGAAACAGGAAACUGUAACUUAUGUAAGAAAGUCCAGUUUUGACGGCUCGGAUCGGCUCGGCUCUUUGUUUAGAAGAGAAAGUGUCCAGUUUUCGAAUUUUUUUACCUUUUUUUUUUUUUUUGAUCCUCCAUGGUAAAAAUGAAUAGAGGUGUAUAAAUAUGGUUUUACAUGAAUAGAAAUGGUAAAUCGAUCAGUUUUUAACUUUCA